GGUUGUAUGCUAAAGGCGUAGCUAGCUCGUCCCCUCAGCUGACUGAUUCACGUGACAGUUUCAGUCCGUUUACCGGCGCUGGGAAAGUGUUCGUGGUUCCGGUUCGAGUCCACCGUCAUGUUAAAGUUCGUUCAUAUAAUAUCUGAGGAAACACCGGAGCUUUACACAAAGAGCAAACUAUGUUAUUAAUAACACACUGAGUCCACACACACACACACACACACACACACACACACACACACACACAGAGGAGGUUACACAAACAGCUGCAGCGUCGGUGACGGGCUGUUCUCUCCAGUAGAUACUGUUUGUGUGUGUAAUCACUUCCCUGCUACUGUACUGCAAAAUGAGUCCAGAGGGGAAGAGGCUGUUGAACAUCAUUGUUCUGGGCUUCGGCUUUAUGUUCAUGUUCACCGCUUUUCAGACAUGUGGCAACAUAGAGCAAACUGUUAUCAAGAGCUUCAACAGCACCGAGUUCCACGGGAGCGGAUACACGAGCAUGGCCAUCAUCUACGGCGUCUUCUCUGCUUCCAACCUGAUCGCCCCGUCGGUGGUGACCGUCAUCGGGCCGCAGCUGUCGAUGUUCUUUAGUGGGCUUUUGUACAGCGGCUACAUCGCUAUGUUCAUCUACCCGUACACGUGGAGCUUCUACACGGCGUCGGUGUUAGUCGGAAUAGGAGCAGCAGUGCUCUGGACGGCGCAGGGAAAUGUGCUCGCCAUCAACUCCACUGACAGCACCAUCGGGAGAAACAGCGGCAUCUUCUGGGCGCUGCUGCAGUUCAGCUUAUUCUUUGGAAAUCUGUACAUAUACUGCGUCUGGCAUGGACACGAUCACAUAACGGACAAGGACCGCCAGACGGUGUUCAUCUCGCUCACGGUGAUCAGUCUGGUGGGGUGCUUCCUCUUCUUUCUGAUCCGGAAGCCUGACCCCGAACCCGCUUCCUCUGAGGCGUCGGAGUCACUGCUGCAGGCCGAAUCCACGGAGAGCACGGCGAGCUCGCCGCAGCUGAGCCUCUGCUCACAAGCUCUGGACGCUUUCUUCAAAGCGUGUAAAAUGUUCGUCACCAAGGAGAUGCUGCUGCUGAGCGUCUCUAUAGGAUACACAGGCCUGGAGCUCACUUUUUACAGCGGGGUUUACGGGACGUGUAUCGGAGCGAUGACGCGGUUCGGCCAGGACGCAAAGGGUCUGAUCGGCAUCUCCGGCAUCUGCAUCGGCAUCGGCGAGAUCUUAGGAGGGGGCGUGUUCGGGAUGUUGAACAAGUGCAACCGGUUUGGGAGGAACCCGGUGGUGCUGCUGGGGCUCAUCACUCACUUUGUUGCCUUUUACCUGAUUUUCCUCAACAUUGCCAGCGACGCUCCGAUAGCCCCGGAGGCGGGAACAGACCUGCAGGCCUACAUCACGCCCAGUGUCGGGGUGGCGUUGCUCUGCAGCUUCUUGCUCGGUUUGGGCGACAGCUGCUUCAACACUCAGCUGCUCAGCAUCAUCGGCUUCAUGUUCCGCGACAACAGCGCCCCCGCCUUCGCCGUCUUCAAGUUCAUACAGUCCAUCAUGGCCGCCGUGGCCUUCUUCUACAGUAACUACCUGCUGCUGCACUGGCAGCUGCUCAUCCUGGUCGUGGCGGGCUUCCUUGGCUCCACGACCUUCUUCUUGGCCGAGACGUUGGCCGAGUCCAGCAGGCGAGAAUCGGACUACGACAGCAUCUGAGUGACGAGGACGCAGCUGAAAGAAUCACCCAGAGGAGAUGAUGAUGAUGAUGAUGAUGAUGAUGAUGAUGAUCCCAGCCCGAUACUGUGGUAUGUUUGGUUCAGCCUGACAGUGGCUGCACAUUACAGCCCAACAUUAAAAUCAAUUUAAACAUUUAUCUGUGCUAAAUCAGAAGUUACGAGGAGGUUGUGCACACGAGAUUUACCUUCGGUUCCUCCCGCCGUUUAUUUUCUGCAAAUGAAUCAAAACUAAUUAUGAAAGCAGACUUCACUGCGGGAUGAUGGAUAAAGAUUUGAUAACCACAUAAGAAGCACUUUUGAUCCAACAGUGAUGAUAUAAAGAGUCCCGCUGUUAGUGCCUGUACGAACAAUGCUGACUUUAUUGUGUUUUUAUUCGACUGCUCCGGCUGCACGAACUGACUCAAAGGACGAGUGUCGGGAUAUUAUAUAUCGUUCCUCUUGUCAAAAUAAAAUCCCACGAAAGACCAAAACCAAUGAAACCAUGUGUGUGUGUGAAAGCCUGAUAUAUCUGUUCCACUGAAAAUAGUCCCCAACAGACGCACUGUUUCCUCCUGUUUGUUUUGAUUAAAAGCUCCAGUGAGCCGUGUUUUAAGGAAAUUACUGAACCUGUUUAUGAACCAGGGAUCCCGGAGCUGAGAGACACAUUAUUGGUUUGGUUUUGGUCUUUUUAUGGGAUCUGAUGAAAAUUAGAGUAAUGUCAACCUUAUUCUUUGCACACAGUGAAAUACUGACUCUGUUCUAUUAACUCUAUAAACUAGGGAUGCACCAGAUGGAUUUUCUUUCAGCCGAUACCGAUAAAUUCGCAUUUUUGUACUUAAACAGUUUAUAACCUGUAGUUUCUGGGUGAUGAAGGCUAAAAGGGUCUUUUCUCUACGUGUGGCGAUCCUUGUCUUCGACGCCAACCAGAGUUACUGUCACUGUUAUUGUUUACAGCUAAAGUUAAAUUAACACUGAUGUUCAGGAAACUCACAAACAACAAGGAUCAGUCUCUCAUCUACGACAGUCAGGGUUCCCACGCAUCCUGGAAAACCUGUAAAUUUUAGUCUCCCAGUCAUGGAAACACCUGGAAAUUGAUUUAAUCUGUCAUUGAUCUCAUUAACAUCAGAGAAAAACUGAAGUAAAUUUGGAAAGCGGAAAAAAUCCCUUAAACAAGAGCAAGUGCUGUCCUUUAUUGUCAAGAAAAACACCUGGAAAAGGUCCUGGAAAAAGUCCUGGAAAAGGAUUUCUCCAAGAGAGCGGGAACCCUGGACAGUAUCAGAGUGAAUUAAGAGGCUCGUCAAUCGCUUCCCGUCUGUAAAGACCUGUAAGUGCAGUGAGAAUAAGAAUUCAAAAAUCAAUGAUCUUUAUUAUCUGUGUGGACAACCAUCACCGUGCAUCCCUGAAGACAUCGGGCCCCUCGUGGGCGCCACACGUCCCCUAAUGUGUAAGUGGGGGGGGGACAGAGACUGUGAAUCACGCCACAUGAAGCGGCCAAUCCACUGCUGUACUCCCCACGAUCGUACGAUUAACUUUUACGACCGAUAUUCUGCGAGACAUUUACCUUCAUUUAAAGACGUAUCUGGCAGUUUAAAGGGAAACAGAAACUGAACUCCUUCUUUUUUUAUAUUUUUGUUUGGGUGUUUUUCUUCUGUUUUGCUGUUUUCCUUCAUCACACACACUAAGUGCUAUAAUUGGUUGUAAUAAGAUCCAGAUGGUCUCGAGGACGACCCCGUGACUCUUACAACUGACUGGCUGUAUUUAGUUCAAAUGUAAUUAAUAAGAGGCUGUUUGGUUUGAGCCAGAAAGAAAGAAAUCAGUCACUUUCUCUUCUUUGCUACUUGUUCUGGGCUCCUGAUGUGUGUCGGGACCCCGAGAUGGUAAAUCGAGGAGGAGAAAAGGUCAUUAUUGAAUCAGCAGCUUUCUGGUUUUUGAUGCUAGUCGUGCUGCAGAGGAAUGUUUUUAAUGUUUAUGUGUGAGCAACACAACGUAGCAUUAUAAACAUGGAUGUAAAUAAUGCACACAAACACUGAAAGCUCCAGCGUGACGGGAUAAACCUCACGCAGUGCGUUUUGUUUAUCUUCAAAAAAGAAAAUGUACCCUUUUUAAGUCCCGCCUCUCCUUUCCUGUGUUCUUUCUCCCAGGAUGGUGAAGUCACAACUCGCCCUCCUCUUCCUCUGCUCUUCCUCUGACAUUCUUACACUGACCCGAACCUAUCUCGCUCCUCAUGCCUAAAGCUAACCAACCAAACCGACGAAGGCACCGAGAACCAGCCAAUCAAAGGCAGAGCAGGGCGGGUUGUGACUUCGCCAUCCUGUGGAAGAAAAAUGUGGUGUCCUCUACUUUAGAUGUGUGUCUGUGUGGAAGAUGGUUGAAAAGAUAAAAGAGACGUAUAAAUAGUCACGUCUUAAGUCCCCUAAUGAUAAUAAACAUUGACCGAGGCUUGCUCAACUGUGAUUGGAGCACAGAGCAAAAAGGGGGCGGGGCUUAGGGAGGGUUCAUGGUGUAAUACUGCCACCCACAUCUCUUCAUCACUGUAAUGCUCCUAACAUAAUAAAACCUUCUCACAUAAGUUACCAAAGACCUUCACCUUUUAUGAUUUGAGAAAAGUUUCCCCUCGAAUCGUCUCUCAUUUUAAAACUGAAGCCAACCCAACACAGUGCUAGACAUUGGGCCUUUAAGACAUGUUGUCUUCUCCACACAGCCGAGAACUGUAGAUGCUGUAGUGUUUGUUUUCUUUUUGUUUAAAGUGUCAAAUUCUGAAUUACAGUUGCAUUAGUGUAGUUAAUUUAUUGCUCCGUGCAACAUUACGGGGUUGGGUUGCAAUGGAUGCAAUCGAUCUCACGGAUAUUAAGGGAAAUGCAUGUGUACUAUGAAGGUGAUUUUAUACUUGAAUGUAGUAAUUAAGAAUGGCACCCAAACCUUUGCUUGCUUGUUUUUAUUAUCAAUAAAAUAUUAUUUUGAACAUUA